GGUCGGCGAUGAUGAAGUUCCACCUGUUACUGUUAGUUCUGGCUUUGGUCUCGUCAAGGCUUUUGGUCUCCACGAGGUCUGAGAAGACUGCCGAAGAACAGUCUGAAGAGGACGAAGAAGACUCUGAAGAGGACACAGAAUCUGAGAGAAAAGAGAAAACAAACGAGAUAUUGGAAGAAAAGGAUGUUAUGGUUCUUCAUAUAAAUAAUUUCGAAAGAGCACUCGGUGAAAACAAGUUCCUUCUAGUUGAAUUUUAUGCGCCUUGGUGCGGACAUUGCCGUGCCCUGGAGCCAGAGUAUGCUGAGGCCGCUGGAAUUCUGAAGAAUGAAUCAUCAGAAAUCCGAUUGGCUAAAGUGGAUGCCACUGAGGAGAAGGGACUUGCAGAAGAGUUUGAUAUUGGCAGCUUUCCCACCCUAAAAUUCUUCAAAGAUGGUGACAGAAAAAAUGCCGUUGCCUUCAACGGAAAGAGGAAUGCCAAAGGAAUAGUUCAGUGGCUGAAGAGGCGAACUGGGCCAAGUGCCAUCAUCCUAGACAGUGAGACAGAUGCUCAGGAGCUCAUCGAUGCACAUAAUGUUGUUGUUGUUGGAUUCUUCACUGACCUUGACAGUGAGGAUGUGAAGGUUUUUUAUGAAGUUGCAGUCAACAUGGUUGAUGUCACAUUUGGAAUCACCUCAAGUCCGGAUGUUUUCAAGAAACACGAAGUGGAAGAGAAUACUGUUGUAUUAUUCAAAAAGUUUGAUGACAGACGUGCAGACCAUGAAAUUUCAGAAGGCAAAAAACUUGACAAAGAUGACCUGACAGCAUUCAUACAGACCAACAGCCUGGAGCUUGUCAUUGAGUUCAAUGAGCAGAAUGCAGAGAAGAUCUUUGGCUCCAAAGUUCACAACCACUUACUGCUCUUCAUCAACUCAACAGAAGAGGAACACUUAGAGAUACUGGAAACUUACCAAGGAGUAGCCCCAGAGUUCAAAGGAAAGGUGCUGUUUGUUCGGAUUGAUGUGACUGCUGGUUUUUCUCAUGUGCUGAAGUACUUUGGCCUGACAGAGAAGGAUGCGCCAACACUUCGGCUCAUUAACACAGACACAGUGAAAAAGUAUGCAAUGGACGGUGAGGGCAUCACUGCUGAAACCCUCCGCUCCUUCUGUCAGGGAGUGCUGGAUGGGACAGUCAAGCAUCACUUGAUGAGUCAGGAGAUUCCUGAGGAUUGGGACAAGAACCCUGUCAAGGUCCUUGUAGGCAAAAACUUUGAACAAGUGGCCUUUGAUGAAACCAAGAAAGUCUUUGUUGAAUUCUAUGCACCAUGGUGUGCACACUGUAAGGAGCUGGCACCUAUUUGGGAGAAACUGGCGGAAAAAUAUAAAGACAGUGAGGACAUCAUCAUAGCCAACAUGGACUCCACUGCCAACGAGGUGGAUUCUGUCAGUGUGUCUGGGUUCCCCACCAUUAAGUACUUUCCAGCUGGGUCAGAAAGGAAGAUUGUAGACUACAAUGGCAAGAGAGAUUUAGAAACCUUCUCCAAGUUUCUAGAUAAUGGAGGGGUGCUGCCAGAGGAGCCUCAUGAUGACGACGAUGAUGACGAUGAUGACGACGAUGAUGAUGAUGAUGAUGAGGAGACCACAGAGGAGUCCAAAACAGAAGCACCUAAGCAAUCUAAUGAGACAACGAAGGAUGAGCUGUGAUUCCACCUUGAAAACAACCUCCUCAUUUGAAGUGAAAAUUUUAAAAGUAGACAUGAGACACGUUUCUUGUCAAUAAUAUUUUAUAUUAAAUUUGUGUUUUCCAAGUAUAAUAUUUAUCUUGAGAGCUAAUGCAGGACUGUAUUAACAGCAUUACGUUUUCGCACCCCAAAGAUUGAAAUCCAUUGAUUGAACAAAAUCAUGCAGUUUGAUGACACAGGACAACAGAUAGUUAAAUGCCAUGGAUGACAGAAUAGACAGU